CCUCGCUUGGCCUGGAUGCCCAACUACGAGGGUGGUAUGCCGCGUGGGUACGUCGUCAAGUACCGCGCCGCCGGCUCCCUCGAAUACCAGGUGUCGGAGGUGUCAGGGGGUGAGGCGCGGGGCAUCACGGUGAAGGAGUUGUCCCCAGGCACCGAGUAUCUCUUCACUGUACACGCCAGGAACCCCCAGGGCCCCUCCUCCUACGUCACCCCCCACGUCACAGCCACCACACACGGAGUGUCAGGGCACCCCAGUACGUGGCCGGGGAUGGCAGGGGGGUCGAGGAGCAUGGUGGAGGAGGGGUCAUCUAGGAUGCCGCGCCUCAUGCUGCUCAUCAUCACACUCACGGGCGCCGCUCUCCUCGCCCUCAACGUUGCCAUCAUCGGUUGCUUCAUUCGACGACGAGCCAUCAAUCGCAACGCCUCCGCGUCAUCCUCCACUAAGAACGUAGCAGUGGACGUUUAUGGUGUGACGCCCGCCUCUACUCCUGGUGUUGUCCAUAACGAGGCCCUUCUAUCUCUCACUACCAUGUCUCCUCAUCUGCCUUCUACCACUCCUCCACCCUACGAGGAGGAUCACCAGACCAACGUGGACGACUGUGACCCUCCCAGCCUGGUGAUCCCUAACGCCACUACCCACACCACCUCCCGCACACCCAAACACCCGCACGCCCACAGCACCCCGCGUCAGAAUGGCAUGGUGGGUCGGGAUGUCAGCAGCCUGUACAGCAGGACUAUGAGCCCAAAGACUAUCGAGAGACUCGCCACCAACCAGAACUCACCUACACCCGCCAGCGGUGGUGGUGGAGAGGUGAGCUCCUCCUCCCCCAGAGCCAGCCCCUUGAUGCAGGGAGAUGGGGAGGCCAAAGAUAUCAAGGAAAUUCGUCAGCAGACCAGCGAGGAGGUGACGUCUCUUUGCUCCAGCACCUACGACUCUCUGCCAAACGACCCUCAACAACCCCAACAGGAACAAAGUUUAGCUCCUUACUCCUCCGCCGACCAGACGUCCCUCUCCUCCUACCACAGUGAUUAUUCGCGCAGCUACGAGUACUCUAACGGCCUGGUACAUCCCAUCUAUCACCAGGGCUGUCCUCAUCACCACCACCAUCACCACCACCAGCAGGCGCGCACCACACCUCACUACCAGACACCUCAUGACGCCCGCACCUACCAUCAACCACAGCAGAGCGAGCAGCAGGAACUGAUACAGGCACCAGUACCUUAUUCUGGUUUGAAUCCUUCAGGACUUUACAACCUUGGCUCUGAGUACCAUGAAACCAGAGCGAGUCCUACUUCUUUCGGAACAGGAUCACCUGCCGGCUACGCCACGCUGGGCCCACGCAGACGCAAACCCAUGCCUUCAAAGUUCGCUAGUCUACAACGCCCACGAUCGUCUCACUCCCACUCUCACAUCCACUCCCACUCCCAGAGUCAGCAGCGGCCCUCCUCUGGUUUACAGACGGAGGGGCAUCAACACCUACUUCAGGAGGAAGGAAGUGACCGUCUGGGGACUGAUAAUGUCGAUCAGGCCACAGGAGACGACCAAAAAGGCUCACAGCGUCGCGGAACCAUGCAGAGCUUUGAUCCUCCCACCCUGCUGACCUCCCACGGUCACCCUGCCCUACAACAGGCUGACGCCGGGCUGUUAACGGGUAAUGAAACGCAGCUUGGACAUCAGAAUGGCCAAGGGGACAUUCACGGACACUCACACACCCACAGCCACAGACAUACCCACACCAGUGGUUCACACCCAGACUCGUUUUGCCCAAGACAUGGUAAUACUAGCGGCUUCACCCAGAGCUCCAGCGACCGACACCAACGCGUUAGUGGCAACCACCUGCCACCUAGCGAGCCUAACUACGGCAUUAAAGCACACACGAGCAGUAGUUCCCACAACCAACGCACGAGCAGCCCCAACCAUCUCAUCAACAGCUCCAAUGAACGAUCCAGCAGCCCUAAACCAAGGACAAGCAGCCCACACCACCGCAUUAGCAGCCCCAACCAACGCAUCAUCAGCCCGAACCAACGCACCAAUAGCCCCACCAACCAACGCAUUACCAGCCCCACCAACCAACGCAUCACCAGCCCUAACCAACGCACUAAUAGCCCCACCAACCAACGUGCCAACAGCCCCAGCCAACGUAGUGAUCCCCCCAGCCGACGCACCAGCUUCUCCAGCCAGCGACUCACCAACAGCCAAAACCCUGGAAAGUUCCCUAAAGACGAAAGAACCGCCGCUGAAGGCCCUCAGUUCACUGCCCCAGUCGUUGUGGAGUCGUCGGGGACUCUCGCAGAGACGACUACCCUCGCCUCUGCAGGUCGUCCACGUUUUCCACACGACUUUGUGCGAAAUAUCCCGAGGACAAUUACUCACGAGACCUACGAGGACAACAGUGUCGGGGGUCACAACACAGACAACAGCCGCAGAUAAAAAUAAGAACUAUGUUGAAUUCCAAAGCUGCGGUGCUUUUUCUAUGAGAGAGAAAUACUAAUUAAAAGUGUUGCAAAUUUAAUCUAUUCUUACUUGGACGGUCGUGGUUUGUCUCGGUGGUUUAGUGAUGUUAAGUAACCAGACUGUGAAUAAUCUUCACUUACAUUUAAAUAACGUCGGCAAAUUAUUGAGACCAUAUGUUAAAAAAAUACCAAGCACAGUCUGUUUUUGUUCCUGUCAAAUAUAUUUUGCCGACAUUCGAGCUAAUAUCAGGAAUAUAAUAACAAAGUCGGAAAAGUGUCCAAACUUGUCGCUGAGGCCGAGAACUUUAGAGACCCAGAGGUUGAUGAGACAACUUCCACUAAAGAACAUCUCGCCAGAACGUGUAGUGAAAGAUAACAAUUAUGUGGUGUUGUGAGCUGCUGUUGCUUGAGGAAAGAAAACAAACAUUGCCAAGUCAACCUGCGAUACACCAUAAUAAUCUGUCCAUGUGUCGUGUCAUGUUUAUAUACUGCAGGUCAUACUUAGAGGACGACCUUAUGUCAUUGAAGUCAUUUACGAUGUACUACAAUAAUAAAAUAAUAAAUAAUAUCCCUUUGGGCUUCGUGACAUCUUUAAAGCACUCCAGAAGAAAUAAGGACCAACGUAACACUUAAAAAAAAUAGAGUACAUCGUAAGUGCAUAUAAUGACUUACGCUUUAUUCUCAACAUACAGUAAACCUGAUAUACAUUUCUUAUCUAUUACAGGCCUCUAUGAGAUAAUUACCUAAACGACUGUACCAUAUACUUGUUGUUCUCACCGUAAGACAACUUUAUCUGUUGAGUGUGGUGUUCAGAAACUAAUCCAGAGGCAAAUGUGAUAAUGUGGAUAUUUACACCAAACAAUUAUUGCUUCACAGUUAUCAGUUGUUUUGUAGGUCGUGUGUGUGUGUGUGUGUGUGUGUGUGUGUGUGUGUGUGUGUGUGUGUGUGUGUGUGUAACAUUAUACUUUUAUACACUUACCUACAAAUGGCUCUAUAUCUCCGUUCAUAUGUCUGUCAUCUAAUCACUAAUGUAAACACACACACUAGACUUUACAUGUUCACAAAAAGUCAAACUCCCGAAAUAUUCCCUUCGAAUGUCCUUAAAGAUGUAAUAAUAACGUUAUGACCAUCUUGUAAAAGGCCAAAAACUACAUUAACCCUCUGGAAUACGAUGACUUUAACCCACUGAGCAUGACGACUUGAGUAUGAUGAUUUGAUCACAAGAUUAAGAUAACCUCUUCAUUGUAUAGAACUUAGACACCCUCAUAAAAUAGUCAACUCAGUCAUUAUUUUUUUCUUCUUUAUCUUCAUUUUCUUCUCGCAAACACAUAAUUUUGUAGUGGAGAAGUCGAGUUUGUGUGUAGGUGUGAUUGACUGGGCGAAAACUCUGGAGAGAAAAAUGGCAAAACACAAGAGUCAAACUUCCACACAUUUUCAACUUGGUGUGUGUUGGGUUUUUUUCCCCCAAUAUGUGUAUGGGUUCAGGUGUUCAUAAUUUCAGAUUCAUGUACAUACAGUGAGGAGUUAUCUGAUCUCAUUAUGCUUCCAUCUCUCUGCCUUCCUUCCUUCCUUCCUUCCUUCCUUCCUUUCUUCCUUCUUUCUUUGAUUUUUUCUUUCGUUAUUUACCAACUUUACAUAAAUAUACUAACAAUAAAACCACUUUUGUUAUUUAUUUCUUAAGGCGAUAGAACAACUACCAAAUUUAACCUAACUUAAACUAAUAUAGAAUCAUUAAGUUUAAGUUUGGUUGGUCAGUGCCAUUGUUAACUUUCUCAUGAUGAAAAACUAUGAAGGAUAGUUUAAGAGAGUUUUGUUCGUGGUUCGUGGUAGUUUUCCGACAUUCUUACUCUUGCGGGAGGACACGAGAGACGCCCAUUUUCUAUAACGAAGUGCGAUUACGGACAGACAACAGAGACCCAUAACCGAAACUGUCUUGGCACAUGCACGUCACCUAUUCACUACACACCAUUUGUGAAGAGUAACAUGACAUUUCGUUGAAAACUGGGAGACGAGUUCAUGUCAUAAAUUCACACACACACACACCACCUAUUGACUCUGCAACAUUAUAAAACUAGCGUUAGGUGGGUUACCACUAGAUACAGGCGUGGGGGUGGCGGGCUAAAGUAACGUCGAGGGCAGUUGAGGGUGUGAGCCGUACUGCCUCUGCUGCUUCAACGGUGUGUAGCCGAUCGCUCCACAGGUUAGUACAGUAGAUGGUGUUCUAAGUAUUGGGUUAUUCUUAAUUACCGUGAGUUUAGGACAAAUUCUAUGUGACCUUAGUAUCUCUUUUUAUUUAACGAGACAUAUAAAACUUCUGUUGAGCAAAUUUGUUAGGCAUUUUUAGUUAGUUUGAUUGAAUUGUGGACAGUUUAUUGAACUCAAUUGAAUAACUCUCGAUGUUUAUUUCAAGUGAGUCGGAAAACCGAAUCUUAAAGUAUGCACUAACGGUUAACUUGAAGAUAAACAUAAAACGCUGUGGUAAUCUUAACUUUUGGAUGACCAUUUCAGUAUUCUUGUGUAUACUUUGACUACCCUAGAGAGGCACAACUAGGUGACGUGAACAGGUAACGUUGCCAGAUAACAUCGACUUGAUCAGAUAACAUGGCCAGGUAACAUAGACAGAACGUGACCAGGUAACGUGGAUAGGUAAUAUGGACGGGUAUCAUAAACAGGUAACAUGGACAGGUAACGUUGCCAGGUAACAUCGACAGGUAACGUGAAAAAGAAAACGAAAGAUGUAAACUGACUCGAGAGUUGAACUGGCAGUGGUUAAGUGUGCAGGCGGGCGUGGGCUACACUCCUCAACGUCAGGACACAGCUCAUGUGUGGGGGGGAGGGGGUCUUGAUCAGUGUACCUGUGGAUCUUUCAGUCCCAUUUCUUACCUGCUGGGUUGGUGACGCGAAAAAUACAGUUGUUUUAUUGGUGUUUUAAUAACGGGUGGAAUAUUCUGAGUUUUAAUAAAGGAAAUUAACUAAAAAUAGUAUGGAUUUGUUUAGUGUUAGGAGGGGUAAAUAUUUUGAUUUGCUUUGGUAAAAAUAAUAUUUCUAAAUGCUAUGGAGUUUUGUCGUUACUUAGUGAUAUAUUUAAAGAUUUGAUUUAGAAGAAAAUCUCCAAAAUGAAAAUGAAUUUGGUGUUGUUUGGAGACAAUAUAAUGCGUUUUAAAUGAAUCUCAGAAUUAAAUUUCACUCCACCUAAAGAUAAAAAUUUUCCCGUGGUCACAGUUAACUCUUAUCGUCAACUUUUCGCAUAUAAUAUUUUUUCGUGUUUUUUUUAGUGUGUUGUAAACGCCGAGAUACACACACACAGAAUCAGCACCAACAAAUAUAUUUCUCCUCAUGCAAAGGGAUUUUUGCUUAUCAUACAUAAUAAUAUUACCUGAAGGUUUCCUGUUAUCUAGAUAUAAACUGGGAUUUUGAUCGUGAUAUCAACACGUACAAAACUUUACACACACACACACAAAAGUACAUAGAAUUUAAGAGGCAGUUCAAAAUCUCUCUAGUUACCUGAAGAAGAUACAAGCUGUGCAAAAUACACCUGUCCUUGUUAGAAUUAACAGCAAAUGUGUUUAUUUUUUAGUGUUCUCAACACUCAAAGUCUGUUUUCAAAGGGUUUAUUUCCGGAGUUAAGAGUGACAUGAUGUUAUUUUCAGAACUGAUGAGUGUGUAUGUGUGAAUAGUAAGACGUCAAAAGUGUGUUCAUUGGCACCAAAAUCACAGGUGUCAUGUGAACCUUGAAAGUAACUCCUGAAUCAAGGCAUUUUACCCGAGGUGAGUGAGGUAAUAAUUAUCGUAUAUCAACUCAACUGAUGUGAACUUUUGUACAUUGUUCAUUAGUGUUUUUGGCCCCAUAAGUAGACAACCCACCAACAUCUCCUACACACACACACACACACACACACACACACACACACACGUUCCUAAAAUAGAAUCGUGCCACUUUAAACUCCAGUAAUGACCAAGAGACUAAACCUUCUUCCCUGAGAAACAAGUAGUGUUUUGUUCUUCUUGUCGUUAAGAGAUUAUCCCGGCAAUAAAUGCAACUACGAAAUUAACGAAACUUUCCCCGUAUGGUCAUUACGAUAAUUACAAGUCCUCCACUCACUUUCAUUAUAGAGUAUAAACGCGCUUGUGGAGCCAUAACUGCAUUAAUCAAUCUAUUUAUGUAAAUGAUAAUCCUAUGUAAUUAAAAUAGAUUUAUAUCACAGUUUCCAACACAAGAAAAAACAUGAUAGUUUAGUGUUCACUGAGUUAGGCUGUGAUCAGGAAGUGUAACAUCCAUGGAGAAAAUAAGUUUAAAUUACUAUCAAGGCAACACAGCAUUGAGGAUCGAUUAUAUUAAGUGUAGGCAAUUCUAACGAUACAGCUUUUGUGCAAAAUUGUGAAUUCGCAGUACACAGUGUAAUUAUGUUUAUUGGCGCUACAAUGAUGGAAAUAUGUUGUCCACUUUGUCGCCUCAAACAUUGUACAUAUGCGAGGUACAGUCCAGCGGCGAGUUUAUUGACAGUUAACGCAUAAAACUCUAGGAAAUAUAAGCAGUCAGGGCAGAUGCUGGAAAUGGUGAAUAAAUUACUAUCAUACCCAUGAAUAUGUCCCCCUGUGUAUUUUUAAUGUGUUGGGGUGAAAAUACGAAGAAUCUAUUUAAUGAACAUCGAUUUUUGUGUGUGUGUGUGUGUGUGUGUGUGUGUGUGUGUGUGUGUGUGAUACCAAUAAAGAGCGAACGCCUAUUACAUACUUGGGAAAUACAUUAAAACAAGAGUAUUAAUUGCGGACUGGACAAACAUAUGACUUUCUCUUUUCUAUCUAUCUAUGUCUCUUUCAUUCUAUCUCACCUUUUCUAAAUUUAGUCGUACCCCUCCCCCCUCCCACCAAAAAAAAAUAACCUAUCUUACUUUUGAUAGAUAAAUACUCGAUAAAGGAUCGCUGGUACUUUGAUAAAAUGGCAGUGAUUACUUACCAAAAAAUAGUGUGACAUUAUUUAAGUGUGUACGUGUGUAGGUGAAGGGGAGCUACUGUGUGUUAAGUGCUCGCCAGGGAGGUGGAUAAUGCCUGGAGUCUCUCUCGCAUUUCUUGUAACUUUAUAUGGAAAAGAUAAUAAAGAAUUUUACCUAA